CCGCCCGUCGGAGGAGUCCCCGGCGGGAGCCGCCCCCUCCCUCCCUCCCCCCUCCCUCCCCCCUCCCGCCGGCGCGGCGCGGCGCGGCGGCCGCGGUUCGACUCCCGAGCCUGCUUCCCGCCGAGGUGGUGCUGGCUGUCACGCUGACAUGAGCUCCCGGCGCGCCUCCGCCCGUCAUGGCCACCCUUAACUCCGGUUCUGCUGCGGGCACCACCUCCUCCCCUGGGCGCGAUGCCCCGCCCCUGCCUGCGGACGGCUGCUCCUCCGCCCCCCCUGAUCCUGUCACCAAAGAGCCCCCGGCCGCCCCCUCCACCUCUGAGAGCAUGAGGCCCUUGGAGCCAGGGGGGGAGCCCCUGGAGCCAGGCCGUGGUCUCAGCCCACCAAAGGAGAUUGGGGAGCCCCAAGAAGAGCCUGGCUGUGGUCACUUCGCACCAAAGGGCCUGGGGGCAGAAAAGGAUGAGGAGCCGGAGGAGGGGGGGCGGGGGCGGGAGGAAGGGCGCCCUCCCGUGGACCUGAGCAACCACCUGCUCUACACCGCCAGUGGUGGAGCCUACCUAGUGGCCGCGCCGUGCCCGCCGGGCGCCACGGAGCUCCUGGUACCAAAGGGCUUCCCCGGGGGUGAGGCGGGCAUCCGGGACGAGCCCGGCCCGCCUCUCCUCGCCCGCUCCCCACCCCCCCACCUCACGGCCCUUCACGUCCAACAUGGCUUUGACCCCAUCCAAGGCUUUAGCUCUUCUGACCAAAUUCUGACCCCUGAUACCUCAGCGCCAUCUCCGGCUGCCUGUGAGGGAAGGGACGGAGCCUUCUGGAGCUACUGGCUGGCUCCCAACCCCCCCGGAGAUCCCAAAGAUGGCCCCGCGGGGGGCAGAGGCGGGGAGCACAGGGCGCUCUUCUGGCUCUGCCUUCUGUGCCGCCUGGGCUUCAGCGGGCCCGAGGCCUUCGCGGGUCACACACAGUCGCAUGGGGUGAAGCUGACCCCUGCCCAGCGCCAGGGCCUGCCGGGCAGCCCGGCCGUGCUCCAGGAGCUGCCCGAGGGCUGCGCGGCCCUCCUCAGCUUUCUGGAACCCAAAGCCCUCGACGAGAGCAGCCCGGAGAACACGGAGGCGCACAUACCCCGGACUGACGACGGUCCUCCUGAGGCGGAAGCCCAGGCGCUCGCCCUGCCCCCCGAGGACGGCAUGGCCAGCCCGCCCUCCCCACCCACAACCCCGGCCACCUGGGACCCCAGCCCAACCCAAGCCAAAGAAUCACCCCCAGCAGCAGGCGAGGCAGGGCCAGACUGGUUCCCCGAGGGGCAAGAGGAGGAUCGAGGGCUCUACCCCCCACUCAACCAAAGCUCACCCACCUCCAAGAAGGGGGGCAUUCUCCCUGCUCCAGUGGGCUCCCUGGAAGACCCCCACGACCCACCCCAGCCCUACCGCCUCCCCGACGACUACGGCCCGGCCCCCGCCGCCUUCCAGAGCCUCAGCCUGUCCAGCCACAUGUCCCUGCUCCACUCGCGCAACUCCUGCAAGACCCUCAAGUGUCCCAAGUGCAACUGGCACUACAAGUACCAGCAGACCCUGGACGUGCACAUGCGGGAGAAGCACCCCGAGAGCAACAGCCACUGCAGCUACUGCAGCACGGGGGGGGCCCACCCCCGCCUCGCCCGCGGGGAGAGCUACAACUGCGGCUACAAGCCCUACCGCUGCGAGGUCUGCAACUACUCCACCACCACCAAAGGGAACCUCAGCAUCCACAUGCAGUCCGACAAGCACCUGGCCAACCUGCAGGGCCUCCAGGCGGGGCCGGGUGGGCAGGAGCCCCCCGAGGCGCCCCUCCCGCCCCCCGCCGGGGACAAGGAGCCCAAGACCAAAUCCUCGUGGCAGUGCAAGGUGUGCAGCUACGAGACCAACAUCUCCCGCAACCUGCGCAUCCACAUGACCUCUGAGAAGCACAUGCAGAACGUCCUGCUGCUGCACCAGGGCCUGCCGCUCGGGCUGCCGCCGGGGCUGGUGGGGCCGGGCCCUGCCCCCCCGCCGGCGGCCGCCCCCGCCAACCCUCCCGAACUCUUCCAGUACUUUGGCCCCCAGACGCUAGGGCAGCCCCAGACUCCCCUGCCUGGCCCCGGGCUGAGGCCCGACCAGCCCCUGGAGGCCCAGCUGCUGCUCAACGGCUUCCACCAUCUUGGAGCACCUGCCCGGAAGUUCCCCACACCCGCCGCGGGCGGCCUCUCCCCCGAGGGCCCCCUGCCCCCCGGGCAGCUCCUGGGCCCCUCGCCCGACGGCCUGGCCGCCACGCCCCCCCCAGACGACAGCCCGGCCCUGAAGGUGUUCCGCUGCCUGGUGUGCCAGGCCUUCAGCACCGACAGCCUGGAGCUGCUGCUCUACCACUGCAGCCUGGGCCGCAGCCUCCCCGAGGCCGAGUGGAAGGAGGUGGCGGGCGACACGCACCGCUGCAAGCUGUGCUGCUACGGCACCCAGCUCAAGGCCAACUUCCAGCUCCACCUCAAGACCGACAAGCACGCCCAGAAGUACCAGCUGGCCGCCCACCUGCGGGAGGGGGGCGCGGCCGUGGGCGCCGCCCCGCUGCCCCCCGGGGACGGGGCCCCGUAUGGCUCUGUCUCCCCCUUGCACCUGCGCUGCAACAUCUGCGACUUUGAGUCCAACAGCAAGGAGAAGAUGCAGCUGCACGCCCGGGGGGCGGCCCACGAGGAGAACAGCCAGGUCUACAAGUUUCUGCUGGAGAUGGAGGGACCGGAAGCCGGGGCCGAGCUGGGGCUCUUCCGCUGCCGGCUGUGUGCCUGGGAGACGCCCUCCCGCUGGGCCGUGCUGCAGCACCUGCGCGCGCCUGCCCACCGUGACGCCCAGGCCCAGAGGCGUCUACAGCUGCUGCACAGCGGCCCCGGCGCCGAGGAGGGACUCUCGGCUCUCCAGAGCAUCCUGAGCUUCAGCCCCGGGCAGCUCCGGACCCCCGGAAAGGCUCCUGUGCACCCCUCGGCUGAGCUGCCCGCCCCUGAGAAGGAUGUGCAGAACAAGACGGAACCGCCGGCAUCCGAAGAGGCAGAGAACAAGUCUGGCCCUUCCAGAGACUGUGCCAACCAGACCACGGUGUACUGCUGUCCUCACUGCAGCUUCCUGAGCCCAGAGCCCGAGCAGGUGCGGGCCCACGCGCUCUCCCAGCAUGCCGUGCGGCCCAGGCUCAGGUGCCCGCUGUGCCAGGAGCAGCUGGUGGGCCGGCCGGCCCUGCACUUCCACCUCAGCCACCUGCACAACGUGGUGCCCGAGUGUGUGGACAAGCUGCUCCUGGUGGCCACCACUGUCGAGAUGACCUUGACCACCAAAGUGCUGCCCGGGCCCACGCUAGGCCCUCUGGAGGGGGUGGCCGAGGCUCCCGCGCCCGCGCCCGAGUCCACGCCCAGCACAGACCAGGCGGCAGCAGGCCCCAGCCUCACCCCAGAAGCCAGCCCGGACCCCAUUCCCGAGCCCCCGCCGCCGGCACCCUGUGACGGCCCUGACCAGCCGGCUUCGCCAGCCCCGUCUCCAGGCCCGCUGCCCGGGGCCCCCGCGGAAGAAGUGGCUCCCCCGCCGGCCCCCGCGGAGGAGGGAGAGGGAGGGGAGCCCCGCGCCGCGGAGCCGGCCCCGGCCGACCCUCGCCAGCCUCCGGCCUAUCGGAAGACCACCAACUUCGCCCUGGACAAGUUCCUGGACCCCGCCCGGCCCUAUAAGUGCACCGUGUGCAAGGAGUCCUUCACCCAGAAGAACAUCCUCCUGGUCCACUACAACUCCGUCUCCCACCUGCACAAGAUGAAGAAGGCGGCCGUGGACCCCGCGGGCCCCUCCCGGGGCGAGCCCGGGCCCGCCGCCGCCGCCGCGGCCGCCGACAAGCCCUUCAAGUGCGCCGUGUGCCGGGUGUCCUACAACCAGAGCUCCACGCUGGAGAUCCACAUGCGCUCCGUGCUGCACCAGACCCGCUCCCGCGGCGCCAAGGGCGACGCCCGGGCCGAGGAGCCCCCCAAGGACGGCGAGGCCGAGGGCGAGGCGGGCCCCGCGGGCUUCCUGCCGGGCCUGUCGUUCCUGCCCCCGCCCGCGCCGCCCGCCCCGCUCUUCGCGCCGCCCGUGCUGCCGCCCUUCCCCGUGGUGCCCGAGCCCCUGCUGAAGCUCCAGCAGCAGCAGCUGCUCCUGCCCUUCUACCUCCACGACCUCAAGGUGGGGCCCAAGCUGGCCCUGGCCGCGCCCGCGCCCGCGCCCCUCCCGGCCGCCGCGCCCGGGCCCCGCGCCGAGCCCGGGCCCGAGGAGGGGAGCGGGGCGCGCGCCGCCUCGCCGCCCCCCGAGUGGUCGCCGCACGAGGCGGCGCGCACGGCCGCCAAGGCGCUGCUCGAGAACUUCGGCUUCGAGCUCGUGAUCCAGUACAACGAGGGCAAGCAGGCGGCGCGCCCGGCGCCCGCGCCCCCGCCCCCCGAGGCCGCCGCGGCCCGCGAGCGGCUGGCCUGCGCCGCCUGCGGGAAGCUCUUCUCCAACAUGCUCAUCCUCAAGACGCACGAGGAGCACGUGCACCGCCGCUUCCUGCCCUUCGAGGCGCUCAGCCGCUACGCCGCGCAGUUCCGCAAGAGCUACGACAGCCUCUUCCCGCCCGCCGAGCCCGCGGCGCCCGCGCCCGGCCCGCCCCCGCCGCCCCCGCCCCCGGAGCCCGCCGAGCCGGGCCGCGCCGGCGCCGAGGAGGGCGACGGCCCCCGGGGAGUCCCGCCCGCGCCCCCGCCCGCCGGCCGCCGCUUCUCCAGAACCAAGUUCAGCGCGUUCCAGACGCAGGCGCUGCAGUCCUUCUUCGAGACCAGCGCCUACCCCAAGGACGGCGAGGUGGAGCGGCUCGCGGGCCUGCUGGGCCUGGCCAGCCGCGUGGUGGUGGUGUGGUUCCAGAACGCCCGCCAGAAGGCGCGCAAGAGCGCGGGCGAGGGCGCGCCGGGGCCCGGGGCGGGCGGGGGCGCGGGCUGCCGGCGCUGCCGCCUGCGCUUCCCCUGCGCCUUCGAGCUGGUGCGGCACCUGCGGAAGUGCUACGAGGACGAGGACCGGCCGCCCGACGACGACCCUGACGACGACCCUGACGACGACGAGGACGACGAGGCCGAGAGGGCCGAGGACGGCGACGACGACGACGAGGCCGAGGCCGAAGAGGAGGCGGCGGCCGAGGAGCCGGGCCCGGAGCCCCCGGACGCGGAGCAGCGGAGCCCGGCGGGGGCGGCCCGGCCUGGAGGCCUCGGGCCCGCAGGCCAGGCGCCGCCCUCGCCCCCGGCCGGCCCGGGCCAGGUCCCCCCGGCGCCCCUCGAGCUGCCGCUGCCGGCCGGGGGGGAGCGGAGCCCGCCCGCGCCGGGGCCCGCGCUCAAGCGGAAGCACGAGGACGGCAGCCUGUCGCCCGCGGGCAGCGAGGGCGAGGCGCCCCGCGACAAGCGGCUGCGCACCACCAUCCUGCCCGAGCAGCUGGAGGUGCUGUAUCGCUGGUACCUGCGGGACUCGAACCCCACGCGCCGCAUGCUCGACUGCAUCUCCGAGGAGGUGGGGCUCAAGAAGCGCGUGGUGCAGGUCUGGUUCCAGAACACCAGGGCGCGCGAGAGGAAGGGCCAGUUCCGCGGCGCCCCGGGGCCCGGGGCCGGGGCCGGCCCGCCCACCAAGGCCGCCCAGCCGGCGCCCGCGCCCGCGCCCGCGCCCCUGCCCAAGUUCAGCCUCAUCCUCGCCAAAAUAGACGACGGGACCGGGACCGGGAGGGAGGCCCCCCGACGGGAGCCGCCCACCUUCCCCUGCCCCCCAGCCGCCGGGCCCCUUCCUUUCCUGCCACCGGGGAAGGAGCCCGGCCCGCCGGCCCCGGAGCCGCCCGCGGAGGACGAGGGCCCCGAGGAGCCCCCCAGAGCCGCCCCCGAGAGCGAGGCGGGCAGCCCCGCGGCCGGGGACCUGAGCGACUCGUCGGCCUCCAGCCUGGCGGAGCCCGAGUCGCCGGGGCCCGGGGGCGGCGGGGGCCCGGGGGCGGCGGCCGAGGCCCUGGGGCAGCGCCGCUACCGCACGCAGAUGAGCAGCCUGCAGCUGAAGAUCAUGAAGGCCUGCUACGAGGCCUACCGCACGCCCACCAUGCAGGAGUGCGAGGUGCUGGGCGACGAGAUCGGGCUGCCCAAGAGGGUCAUCCAGGUGUGGUUCCAGAACGCGCGCGCCAAGGAGAAGAAGGCCCGGCUGCAGGGGGCGGCGGCCGGGCCCGGGGCGGGGGGCGGCGAGGGCCCCGCGGCCGCCCCGCGCGCCGACUGCCCCUACUGCGACGUCAAGUUCGACUUCUACGUCUCCUGCCGCGGCCACCUCUUCUCCCGCCAGCACCUGGCCAAGCUCAAGGCGGCGGUGCGCGCCCAGCUCCGGAGCGAGGGCAAGGGCUUCGGCCCGGCCCCGGGCCCCGACGCGCCCCCCGCCGCCCGCGCCCCCGCCGCCGCUCCCGCCCGGCCGCGCUUGGCCCCGGUCCUCCUGUCAGGACCCGCCCUGGCCCAGCCGCAGCAGCUCGGGGGCCUGGCGUCCUUCGGCUCAGGCCCCGCGGCCUCCCCGGGCCUCCUGGGCCUCACCACCUCCGUGCUGCCCGCCGCCACCGUGGUCCAGGCUGCAGGCCCCGGGCUCCCGCUGCAAACCCAGAGACCCGCGCCCGACCCAGCCGACAGCCCCGCCACGGGCGCCCCCGAGCCGGGCCCGGCCACUGAGCCCGCGGGGAAGCCGGGCGCCGCGCCCCCCGGUGACGCCCUGCAGACCCUCAAGGCGCUGAAGGCCACCGUGCCGGCCCUGCUGGGGGGCCCGUUCCUGCCCUUCCCGCUGCCCCCCGCGGGCGGCACGGCGCCCCCCGCCCUCUUCGGGCCCCCGCUACAGGGCGCCUACUUCCAGCAGCUCUACGGCAUGAAGAAGGGGCUCUUCCCCAUGAACCCCGUGAUCCCGCAGACCCUGAUCGGGCUGCUCCCCAACGCCCUGCUGCCGCCCACACCGCAGCCGCCGGAGCCCCCCGCCGCGGCGCCCCCAGAGCCGCCUGACGCGCCCGCCCCGGGGGAGGCCGAGGCCGGGGAGGCCGAGGAGCUGCUGGCGGGCAGCGCCGGCAUCUCCACCGUGGACGUGGCCCACCGCUACCUGUGCCGCCAGUGCAAGAUGGCGUUCGACGGCGAGUCCCCGGCCGUCGCCCACCAGCGCGCCUUCUGCUUCGCGGCGCGGGGCCCCGGGGGCGCGGCGCCUGCCCCGCCCGCCCCGCUGCGGGUGCCCGUCCGCACCUACCACUGCCUGGCGUGCGAGGUGCUGCUGAGCGGGCGUGAGGCCCUGGCCGCCCACCUGCGCUCCUCGGCGCACCGGCGCAAGGCGGGCCUGGGCGCGGGGGGCCCCUCGGGCUCCGGCCCCGGCGCCGCCAUUGCCAAAGAGGAAGCAAGAUUACCUCACACGGACCCCAGCCCCCAGACGACGACGACUACCUCUACACUCCUAGCUUUAUAA